GCCGACAAGGAUGUGGUCCUGGCAGCCGUCCAGGACGUGGGGUUGGCCUUGGAGUUUGCCAGCGACUGGCUUCGUGGGGAUGCUGAGGUGGUGCGAGCGGCGGUGACUCAAAAUGGAACCGCCUUGCGUUUCGCCUCGGAGCGUCUCCAAGGGACCGCGGAGAUCGUCUUGGCUGCCGUUUCCGGGGGCAGCCAGGCCUUUGAAUUUGCCUCGAAAGCCUUGCGGGCGGAUCGCAAGGUCGUCCUGGAAGCCGUGGACCUCAACGGCCUCUCCCUUGAGUUCGUUUCCCCGGAGUUAAAGAAAGACCGGGAGGUGGUGCUGACUGCUGUACGUCAGGACGGCUUAGCUCUGGAGUUCGCAUUUGAAGAGCUUCGCGCUGACAGAGAGAUCGUCAUGGAAGCCGUGCAAGUGAAUGGCCUAGCACUCUGGGACGCCGACGAGACCCUGAAAGCUGACAGAGAAAUCUUGGCUAGUUGCCGAUGGGGCUGA